UUAUAAAAGGAGAGAAAAUGGAAAAAGCAUGGCUGAUGGCCCUGGUUUUAAUGUCAAUCAGCAUUUCGUCCCUUAUCAGCUUUGCCCUUGCCGCUGAAAAGUUCAACGUAGUGGGCAAAGUCUACUGUGACACUUGUCGAGUGGAGUUCGAAACCAAACUCAGUGAACCCAUUCCAGGUGCGACGGUGAAGUUGGAAUGCAGGAAGGUAAGGGACGAAGCCAUAACAUUCAGUCGAGGGGCAGUUACUAAUGCGACGGGUGGAUACAGCAUCCCGGUGAAGGGAGACCACGAAGCCGAGAUUUGCAAGGUUAGCGUGGAGAAGAGUCCUCGCCCAUAUUGCAAUGAAAAGAUGGAAUCAUGGGAGAAAUCUCAGGUGGAGCUCACCACCCAAGAUGGCCUAGCUGCCCCUAUUAGAACUGCUAACAAUCUUGGCUUCAAGAAGAAGGAACCUCUUCCUGGUUGCCCUCAAGUUCUUAAAGAGAUGGGCUUUCCUCUAACUCCCUGGGCAUUUUAAAUGUUUGCAUUCAUUUACCAGCUAAACUUGAUACUUCGUUGUUUUCAAUGUUUGAGCACAUCGUCGUAACAUAAUAUCUAAUAACAGCCUGCCUCCCUGCAUAUCCUCUCAUUUCAUCUUGUAAAUCUA